AUCAAACAAAUGCUGCAAUGAAGCACAAUACAUAGGCUAUUGAAACAAAUUGGCAUAGAAUUAUUUGCUAAGAAUUGGAUUAACAGUUAUGAAGUGUUGCAAUAUUAUGUGGUACAGCAUGGUAUAGAGAAACCCUCUAAUGACAUGAGAAUGUCUACUGAGAGAGAGAAUGGGAGCUAGUCGUCAUACGAAAUUUCUACUGGGACUUCUCUAUUUCACAUACUGUGUUUAUGGGAACUUUCUGUCAGUUUCAUCAGUAGUAGCUUUACCAUCGAACAUUAUUUGUAAUAAAAUUCCUGGAUUAACUCCAAGACAAAGAUCAAUUUGUAGAAAACGUCCCGACGCCAUAGUAACUAUCGGAGACGGAGUUAAACUCGGAUUGAGAGAGUGUCAUUAUCAGUUCAGAAAUAGGAGGUGGAAUUGUACAAAUAUAGACCAACAAAAUACAAUGUUUGGGAUAACACAUUCCGUUGGUGAGUUUCACUUAAAUUUUAGUGGAAGCAAAGAAGCUGCUUUUUCCUAUGCUAUAAACUCUGCCGGUGUAACAUAUGAAGUGACACAAGCGUGUAGUUUAGGACGAUUAAAACGUUGUAGUUGUGAUCGAUCUAAAAAGACUGGACAUUAUGAUGCGAACGGUUGGAAGUGGGGAGGGUGUAGUGCUGAUAUCAAACAUGGACUAAAAUUCUCUAGAAAAUUUUUAGAUGCAAGAGAAAUAAAGGAAAACGCACGUUCGUUAAUGAAUAAACACAACAAUCGAGCGGGUAGAAAGGCAGUAAAAGAAAAUAUGGAAACAGGGUGCAAGUGCCAUGGUGUGUCUGGAUCUUGUACAACGAAAACAUGCUGGACAACACUACCAACGUUUAGAAAAAUAGGAAACUAUAUAAUGAAAAAAUAUGGAAGAGCUAAACUAGUGACUACACUAAAAGCAAAACGUAAUAAAGUUCCAUCACAUCUAAUAAUAAAAAGAUUAAAAAAUAAACAUACGAAGCCUAGGAGAUCAGACGUUGUUUAUUUAGAGAAAUCUCCUAACUAUUGUGAUCAUGAUCCACUGAAAGGAUCAUUGGGAACUGUCGGGAGAACAUGCAAUCGGACUUCUACCGAAACUGACGGUUGUGACUUAAUGUGUUGUGGGCGUGGCUACAAUACACACCAAUACACAAAAACGUGGACGUGUAAUUGUAAAUUUCAUUGGUGUUGUUAUGUCAAUUGUAAUAAGUGCAGCGAACGAACGGAGGAGUACACUUGCAAAUAAUCAACAUCAUUAAAUGACUUCUAUCUGAGGUUUCGAAGUACGCCAAAUAUGGCACGAUAUUUUGUUAUUUCACACGUGGCACUGAAAAUAUAUGAUUACUUACUUUGCGUAAUUGCUUAUAGAGAUCUAGCAUAUCAUUUUUGCAUUGUGUCCAAUUUUGAAAGUUUCUGAUGACAAGAAUGAGAUGUUUCUGAAAAUGACAAAUCGACGGCGUACGCACUUCACGUACAACUGGAUACAGAAAACGACAUACAUGAACGUAUGAAACUGACAUUCAGCCUCGUGACUUAAGUUUGUUGAUAACAGUUAUGAACCAUAAUUAUGAUAUUUGGUGGUGAAAUGUGAUAUAAUCCAUAUCACUGUUGUUAUUGUCUGUGAUACAUGUAUAUAUAUUAGAUUAUUCCGUGUAUGUGUUUCAUCAUAUGUACAUUUAUACGUAUAUUACGUUAUUUCAUUACUAAGCAUUCAUUACUCAUCAUUUGUCGAGGUACAUGUACAUAAAAGAAGGUGCUUGAACCGUGAAAGUCGAAAUGAUUCAAGUAAAAUUUAUUGUAUGACCAUGAGACUGGCAAUUCAUCGCGUUCUCAAUUUAAUUGUUCUUGUUAUUUCAAAAACAAAUAAGUCACAGGAUCUUAAUAGCUUAGUUUGAAAUAUUAUUAGUCUUUUUACAAGACAAAAGAUUGCACCUUGUUUUCUUUUAUAUGUAGUGGAUGAACAUAUCCAAUUCAUUUGAUAUUUUCUUAUCUUGCCAAACAAAUCACACUACAAAACAUAUUUUUAUUUGCAUAUUGUACAUACCAUGUAAAUUAAAAUUAAAUAUUUAUGUUUUCA